AAUUGAAUGGUGGAUAAACAUAUACUUUAAACACACUACACAAACCACUUCAGCAAUAUGGAUUUGAAACCACUCAAACUUGAUUUACCCUCGACACCAAAAACAAUCCUGCCAUCUGGGCUUCGUUUGAAAGAAUUAAGUCAAAUGCCCAUUGGAUGUCCCCUGGAAAAUUGUCGUGAAUUGGUGUCCCCACUGGAUUUACUUGACCACCUGAGAGGUUAUCACCGUUUGCACACACCUGGUGAUUCAUAUUUUCACCUGGCCUUCGAGGCAGAACGCUGCCUCCUGACCUUUGAUCCCUCGCAACUGCCUUGCCGAAAAACCAUUUGUCUGGGCGUUCUUCUCUUUGGCGGUAAGCGUAAAGAUGUGGGUGCAUUACCCGGAAUUCGAGGAAUCUGCCGCCCCAAUCGUCUGCCACGGAAUAUUGGUUUAGAUCCGCUCCAUAAUUUCCUGCCCGUCAUGAUAUUGGUGAGAAAGUGCACCUUCCUCGAUUGGUCGUUGCUGGACAGGAACAAGAAGUCGGAUGAGGAUGUAGCUCCAACAUGGAAGCACCCCGAGUGGAGCGAUCCAGAAGGCAAAGGAUACCAGGAUAGGAAAAGACGUUAUAGGUCAAAGUGUAGGGGCAGAGCAGAAAACGGCGAACCCACAAGAUCCAGUAAAGAACCUAAAAGCGAUGAUCUACCCGAAAAAGUAGAGAGCUCGCAGCUCGAACAUCCUGAUAGCGCAGAGGAUCAUGAACUCACUGAUAUUGGAGAUUUGACAAUGUACGUUAUUUGGACCCAAGGUGCCCCCUGCAUCAGACCUCUCCACGUUUCCAUGACCGCUUUCGAUCGCGUCUUAUCGGAGGGUCGGAGUGCCCUGCGUCGGGUGGCCAAUACCGGCAGGGUUUAUCCAGAGAUCUGUGGCAAGGAGCUGCCCAAGGACCGAAACUGCAUGACGCUGAGCCAACGGGAAAUAGAUAGUCUAUGCGGCACAGGAUAUCAUGUCCAACUGGAAAUGAUCCUGUACGAGAACCCGCAAGAGCAAACUUGAUUUUUUUCAUUAUAUUUUGUAUUAAAAUGGGGGGAUAUAAAAUAUAAAAAAA